CUGCUGGCAGGAAGUCGCCAUUAUAUUUUGACGUUUCCGUCUCCGGCAGACAUAUUGCUUACAGGAGCAAAUUCUGGAAAGCUAGAAGACAGAAAGGAUUUCAAAUUGGUUUAUAUCUUCACGACCUGACACACUCAAACCACAUAGGACACAAUGGAGCCGUCAGCCAGUCCGGCCAAAGAUAACUACAGGAUGAACCGCUACAAGAACAAAGCACUGAACCCAGAGGAGAUGAGACGCAGGAGAGAGGAGGAGGGCAUCCAGCUCAGGAAACAGAAACGAGAACAACAGCUUUUCAAGAGGAGGAAUGUGGAUGUCCUCAAUGAAGAGGAAGCCAUGUUUGAGAGUCCGCUGGUGGACUCGUACCUCAGCUCUCCAGUAACAGAAGGAGUCAUCACCCGAGACAUGGUUGAGAUGCUUUUCUCGGAGGACCCAGAGCUUCAGCUUGCCACAACACAGAAGUUCAGAAAACUACUUUCCAAAGAGCCCAACCCACCAAUUGAUGAAGUUAUAAACACAGCAGGAGUUGUGGAGAGGUUUGUGGAGUUCUUGAAGAAGAGUGUCAACUGCACGCUACAGUUUGAAGCAGCGUGGGCACUGACCAACAUAGCAUCCGGCACAUCCCUGCAGACAAAGACAGUCAUUGAGGCUGGAGCAGUGCCAAUCUUCAUAGAACUCCUUAACUCUGACUUUGAGGACGUCCAAGAACAGGCUGUGUGGGCCUUGGGGAAUAUUGCAGGGGACAGUGCAGUGUGCAGAGACUACGUGCUGAACUGCAACAUCCUUCCACCAUUAUUAAUGCUUCUGACCAAAUCCACUAGAUUGACCAUGACUAGGAAUGCAGUUUGGGCUCUGUCUAAUCUCUGUAGAGGAAAAAACCCACCACCUGCCUUUGAAAAGGUGUCACCCUGUCUGCCAGUGCUGUCCAGGCUUUUAUUUAGCAGUGACCCAGACUUGCUGGCAGACGCCUGCUGGGCGCUGUCCUACCUCUCAGACGGCCCCAACGACAAGAUCCAGGCUGUCAUCGACUCUGGCGUCUGCAGGCGCCUUGUAGAACUACUCAUGCACACUGACUAUAAGGUGGCCUCCCCUGCCUUGAGAGCUGUUGGAAACAUUGUCACUGGAGAUGACAUCCAGACACAGGUGGUGUUGAACUGUUCAGCCCUUCCAUGUCUGCUGCACCUUCUCAGCAGCGCUAAAGAGUCCAUUCGCAAAGAAGCAUGUUGGACCAUCUCGAACAUCACAGCAGGAAACAGAGCACAGAUACAGACGGUAAUUGAUGCCAACAUCUUCCCAGUGCUCAUCGAAAUUCUACAGAAAGCCGAAUUCAGGACCAGGAAAGAGGCGGCCUGGGCCAUCACGAACGCCACGUCUGGAGGAACACCAGAGCAGAUCAGAUAUCUGGUGAACCUGGGCUGCAUUAAACCACUGUGCGAUCUGCUGACAGUGAUGGACUCUAAGAUCGUUCAGGUGGCUCUCAACGGGCUGGAAAACAUCCUGAGGCUGGGCGAGCAGGAGGCCAAGCAGGAGAACAACGGCAGUGGAGUUAAUCCUUACUGCAGCCUCAUCGAAGAAGCCUAUGGCCUGGACAAGAUAGAGUUUCUCCAGAGCCAUGACAACCAGGAGAUCUACCAGAAGGCCUUUGACCUGAUCGAGCACUACUUCGGCGUGGAGGACGAGGACAACAGUCUCGCCCCUCAGGUGGACCAGGCAAACCAGCAGUUCCUUUUCCCCCAGCAGGAGGCCCCCAUGGAGGGCUUCCAGCUAUAAGUCGGCGCCGCUCUCCUCUAAAACACACCACACCCCCUCCAUUCCUCCCAUAUCAUGGAGGGCCCCAACAUGCCUGAGUUAUACCUUUACACCCUCUCCCCUGAUCUGCCACUACUAUCACCACACACACACACACGCCCCACCCUUUUUGGAGGGAAGCUAAAACUGUCCCACUCUCCAGCCUAAAAAUGCCCAUCACCCCUCUCCUCAGCCGGUGGACUGACUUGUUGCAGGGCAGACUCGCGUGUUAUCUGGCCAAGGGGAGCAAGCCACACAAACUACAUUACACUUAGAAGUGUGAGUCUGCCCUGGCUUAAAACGCACACACAGACAUCUUCCUGCCAUGUGAUAGCCCUUUGAUUCUCUCAUUGGCAGUAAUGGUGGUUUGUUGGUUAAUAUCGUUAUAUAUACAUUAAUUUCUUUUCCAAUGGGACAUUCCUAUUUUCAGGAUUACCCAUGCAUCCCCACGCAAAGUCCACAGACUGGGGGUGCUUGAGGUGAUAUUUGCCUAGUUCUCGAUGUCAGUUUUACCGAGUGCAAUUCAAAGAAAAAACCUGGUAACAGGACCCAUUAUUGUUUUAUGAUUAUCCCCCAAUCCUUAUUUAUCUGCUCCUUUUUUAUUAGUGCUUGUGAUUUUUUUUUUCUUCUUUUUGAUUGGCUUGGGGCUGAUCUGCUCAUGGAAAAAAAUCAUCUGAGUCUGAUGCCCAAGCUAAAACGUGUGAUUUAUUAUAUUUUUUUUCCUUGAUCAAGACUUUUUUUUCUGUUCCUUUUUUUUUUUUUUUUUUUUUUAAGCAAGACAAAUUUCUGGGGGUGGGGGGGUUACAAGACUUGUAAAAAAAAAAAAAAAUGUAGAAAACUACCUGAACUAAGGAGAGGCUCUGAGUGAGAUAUUGGAAAAAAGGAUGGGGUUUUAGAGGAAAUGUUUAAGGAUCUAUAUGAUUAAAAAAAAAUAAUAAUAAUCAAGGUUUUGAGGUUGGUAUAGUUAGAGAUCCAAUGUUCGUCGUGUGCUGUGUUAUUAAUAACGAUACAUUUGAAUUAUGAAGUGAUCUAACUAUUAAACCAGGCCUAGCUUGGGGUUUGGGGGAGACGAGCCAGCAGCAGCAGCAGCAAACUUAACUUAUUUUUAUAUUGAGAUGAAUUGAAGGAAUAUUAGAUGUCAUGGGACAUUUUCUAGUUUGAAUUUUCUGAUUUCAAUGAAGCUGGUUGCUACUGGUUUGCUUGGCCCUGUGCUCCUCCGUCCUCAGAUUUACGUGGUAGGGGUUUUGCAUGGUGUUCUAUUACCCUGCCUACAGUCACUGAGUAUCCCUGGCCAAACACACAUGCACACGGAUAGAGAAGAUAAUACUGUGUGACACAACAGCAGGAAGUGGGCCACAAGUAAUUGGUUUGGUGGCGUUAACAGUGAUAGUGUAGUAGCGAUGGUGGUGUUUCGUAUAGUGGUAGAGUUGAUAUUUAACCUAUGGCAUUCUAAAUCGCAAUUUCUAAGGAAUGGGAAUAACACCUGUUGAUGGUUCUGCAUGGGUCAGUUGUUAUGGUAUGAUAUGUUUAGGUAUUGAUGUAAAUAGCCGAUCCUCUGCCUGGCUAAGAAAAUCUGCGCCGCUUCUUCGUGGGUCUAUAACAAGCAGAGUUUGGCUAGGGAUACACGUCAGACAAGUGACGAGCCUAACUGCAACAAAAAAUUCAAGUAUAACUACAUAUUUGGAUUUUUAUGUAUUUGCAUUAUAUAUGAUAUAUAAAUAUAUAUAUUUGCGCACACUUCAUGCACACUUGCAUACAACACCAGCAGACACUGUAUACACACCUCACACAGAUGAGUGGCUAGAAGCAAGUAAAAUAGUUUCCAUAGACUUUGGAGUGUAGUUUUAUUUUGAAGUUUAGCUUUCCUUUAAGUGUGAAAACUGCCACUUGGCUGUUUUUGUUUUUUUGUAGAUCACUUAGUAUAUUUUCUUUAUUAAUGAAAGUGUUUCCCUCGGUUCAGUUUUAAUCAAAAUUGUUUUCUGUUUAAUUGAGACAAUGAAAAGAGAUGUUUCUGGAAUUCAGAGGUGAUUCAGAGCACACGUAGGUCUUAUGGAAACUUUUUUUGUCGUUUCUAGCCACAUGACUUAUGAUGGCUUAAAUUAGCCCCGUAAACCCUGAUCAUGGAUCAGCUCCAGUCACGGCAAGAGCUGAUCAGAGGUCAGGGUUGUUAGGCUCUGUGGAUGGAGCAGAACUGUGGUCGUGUGAUGUUUUGACUGACAGGCACUGUGUGAGGAAGAGUUUGAUAGACUCUAAGACUAUGUCCCCAUCAGAGACUGGGAGCCCCUGUUCUGUGGAUUACUGAAGCAGCCUGAUCAUUGAAUCAUGGAACUGUGGACACAAACAUGUUGCAACAAAAAUAUUACAGAUCAGUUGGGUGAAUAUUUUGUAUAUUUGGAAAAAUAAUUGCAUAAAAACUUUUUUCUCAUCAUUUUGGAUGGACAGACUUAGUUUUCCAUUUGGUUUGUUUUAAAGCUCUUACAUAAUACUCAGUUUCAGAUUAUUUUAUUUUCGGUGGCUACAAUAAAAUCUUAAUUAUCCGUUACUGCAGCACCCAUAUUCACCCUCUGUCUGAACAGUCUGUCUUAGUUUGUAUUGCCCACUUAGUAGAAAUGCCCACUCUGCUCUGAUUGGCCAGCUUUCACAAGCCAGAGCAGACACCACCCACCAUGUCUCUGUGUCAGCUCUACUAUUUGUUUCAAGCGCAGUUGUGCUGGGGGUGUGGCAGAGGUCCUGACGGCUCAUUUAAAGGCACAGUGUCAGAAUACAGGCUGUGUGUAUUUCUAUUUAUAUAGCACCUAGACCUUAUAAUAAGAAGAAAAUAAAGAGAAAUCAUGAAAUCUCACUCUGUCCAAUUUGAUAUCACAUUUUUACCUCUAAAUUCCUUCAUCAGCACAGAAUAUUCUAUAACAGGGAAGGCUUUAAGCUUGAAUAGACUGAAGAGCAAGAGGUUCUCUGUUUUUGAGUUUGUGAUGUUAUCCACAGAACACGUGCGCUCCGAGAAGACAUAAGAGUUGAAAUCAUGAUUAUUGAGCAACAAGAACUUAACCCUCUACAAGACCGAUGUGUAGAGAAGCAUUUAUAACUGAAGUCUUCGAUUUCAUGGCCAAUUCUGUGCUUGGCCUACAAACAAUGCCAGAAUUGCAACGUUUGAAGAAAAAAAAAAAAAAAAGAAUCGGUGCAUCAACCAGGAAAAAUAUUUAUAUUUCUGACAAAUAAAAAUGCACUCCUAUUCACAAAAGUGCCAAUCCGACCAACAAAGACUGGAGGUUUCUUAUGUAUCUGUCUUUGACUUACAGGUGAUUUUUCUUUAUAUCUUUUAUUUACUUGAAUGUGCACACAUUUUGUGCAAAACAUUGCUGCUCUAUUUUCCUUAUCUUUAAAGUUACAUUAUUUGCCAUUGUUUCUCUCGAAAAGUGGCAUUCUUUACUGUGGGCACCUAAAUAGGGAAUUGAGAUAAGGCAGUGUAAUUGUCUAGGGGAGGGGGUGGGGGGGAUACUUGAUUAAUUGCAUAAAACUGGUCUUUUCCAGCUACCUGUUGUCCAUUGGUGUGAUGGUCCCCACUAUUGCAGUCUUCUAAUGGUUUUCACUGUGCAAAACUGAGCUGCAAAUGUUUUGGAAUCGAAGAACUGAUUUCAGUAGAGAACAAUAUUUAGCAUAUUGUAGAGGAGGCUGCCUGUCAGAAGUCCCUCCUCAAAAAGAAACUCUGCUGCACUGAGAGAAGAAUUUAUAUGUGGCAAAUGAUGCAAAUUGAGGAACCGUAAGCGACUAUCAUAGACAACUGCAGGUACUAACCUUAUUGUCAUAGUUUACCAAAGUUUAGUCAUCCUGAAGGCUGGUAAAGAAAAAAAAAAGAAAAAGUUUUUACUGGAUGUUUUGUUUUCAUUAGUUGAUGUAAUUGGCUUGUGAUGACAGAGUCAGUCUGACUGAGACUGCGUUCCAGGUCAUUUAAAACUUGCUUCUUUUCAUUAGAAGCUGCAAUAGCUCAGUCCCUCUCUUCUCAGUUUUGUUUUUUUUUCCUCAAGUUCAAGUACUGUGUAGGGAGUAAGAAAAUCUGCAAAAUAAUCAAGGAGACUGCAAUAACUAUUGUCCAAAAUCAGGCACCCCUGAGGCAAAUACCCACCUACAAACUGCUCUCAUAGGUGACACUCCUUCCACUGGGUGGAGCUAACAGAGGCAACUACUUGACUUUUUUUUUUUCUAAGAUAAAAAUCUGGGAUUCAGAAAUUGUGCAGUGAUUUACAUUAAAAAGUAUUAUAAGUUAAACUAUAUGUAUGUUCUGAUACAUUGACAGGGAUUCAGAUGUAAUUCUAAUCACUUCUGAGAAGUGGAGAAAAAGCCUCAUUAGAACACGUCACAGGAGGAAACAAAGACAAUAAAAAAUAGGAGAUGAGGAUGCAAGCCUUUUCUGCUUUUCUUGAUCUUUUUCCUGAUCAGGAUAUUCUGGGCUAUAUUUUUGGAUAAUUGUGUUUCGAGUAAAAGUUUGUCCUAGUCAGGCUGCAUGAUCAGGAACCUUGUUGUCUAACGGGGAAUGAACAGACGUCACUAAAUAUCUCAAAUCUGACUUGUCUUCCGUCCUAGAAGCUGUUCAUGUCUAUAUCAAAAUCAAAAGCCAUCCUUGGCUUGGUCAAGUAACGUUGUCUACGCUACAGAUGUUUACAAUGCUACAUGUUUGUAAAAUACUUUUCAUAUGCCAUCACUGACCAGUCCUGAUGUAUUCUCUGCUCUGGUCCUCUCUCAUUUCUUUUACUUGUAUUUAUUUUCUCUAUUCUUGUUUAUGAUUUUUCAUUUGCUCAAAAUUACCCAUCUUAAACUGUGACUUGACUUGACUUUACCGACGGUAUGAAUGAGUGACGAGAAACUAAAUACACUUCAACUGAACAUGACACACAAACAUGAACAUGAAAAAAAGAAAUACAUACAGGAAACAGCAACGAUAUUAAAAAUGUAAAGAAAAUAUAUUGAAUUUAAAAUUGUUCAGUGGAAAAACUGUACAAAGCAAAUAAAGUUAUGUUGCAACCCUUUAA